AUGGCCGCAGCAGCAGUGGGACAGCAGCCGGCGUCUGGGCCGUCCAUCCCGAGCCUCUUCACGCAGCCGCCGCCGAUCCGCGACGAGCUGGAGACGGACUCGUCGCACGUCCAGGAUGAGACCGUCGACGAGUGUCUGCCCUUCCUGAGCGGCCUGGAGCACGACAAGGUCAACGCCCAUGGCCUCCCCCGCCUGGACAGAGAACGACACGCGAGGUUCUUGAGGAAGCAGCUGGGCGUGCUGCCGAGCGGGUACGUGGGAGCGGAUCCAAGCCGCCCGUGGAUCUUCUACUGGUGCCUCAACGCCUUGUCUCUCCUCGGCGAGGACGUCGAGCCUUAUCGCGCCAGGCUCAUCGAGACGGUGCGUCCCAUACAGAACCCGACCGGAGGGUUUGGAGGCGGGUUCGGUCAGGCAUCACACCUUGCCACCACGUAUGCGGUUGUUCUCGCGCUGGCGUUGGUCGGCGGGGAAGAGGCCUACGACGUGGUCGACAGGAGGAGCAUGUGGAAGUGGUUGUGCCAGCUCAAGCAGCCAGACGGCGGGUUCCAGAUGGCUGUCGGAGGCGAGGAGGAUGUCAGGGGGGCCUACUGUGCAUGCGUUGUGAUUUCACUGCUCAACCUGCCUUUGGAUCUGUCGCCUGAGUCUCCUGCCUCUGCCGCCGGCCAUACUACUCUUCUGAGUGGACUAGGCGAAUGGGUACGACUGUGCCAGACGUACGAGGGAGGCGUGUCAGCAAAGCACGGGGUCGAAGCACAUGGCGCGUACGCAUUCUGCGCUCUAGGAUGCCUGUCAAUAAUCGACUCACCACACCGAAGCAUUCGAAAAUAUUUGGAUAUGCCACGUCUCAUCUCCUGGCUUUCAUCUCGCCAGUACGCCCCAGAGGGUGGCUUCUCGGGCCGCACAAACAAGCUUGUCGACGGCUGCUAUAGCCACUGGGUCGGCGGGUGUUGGCCCCUGAUCGAGGCCAGCCUGAGCGGGCCGACAGCUGGCCCUACAAGCCAGUCACUUGAAGCCACAGAUGAAGACGACAGCCUCUUCAGCAGGAACGGGCUUAUUCGAUACAUCCUCUGCUGUUGUCAAGACAUGUCCAAGAGGGGUGGCAUGAGGGACAAACCUAGCAAAUACUCGGACGCGUACCAUUCCUGCUACGUCCUGUCCGGCCUCAGCUCCGCCCAACACAAGUGGCGCUUUGUUGCCUCUCGUGCCGAUGAAGCCCUUCUUGGAGACGAUAGCUGGGAAGCGUCACCUCAUACGAGCGGCGUCCAGAUAUUCGACGAGGAGGAUCGCAUUGCGACUACCCAUCCGGUCUAUGCAAUUUCUCCGCAUAUGGUCGAAGCCAUCCGAAGCUACUUCUUAUCGAAGGAGGGUUUCUAG